AUGGCUACCCAUGGUCCAAUCAAUGGUGUAAAGAUUUCUCCGAUCGACGACCCUCAUAAAGUCGUGAGGGUGAUUGCGUCCGACGGCAAGACGGGCGAGACAAGGGAGCUCUCAUACACCAACUGCAAGGUCAUUGGCAAUGGCUCUUUCGGUGUCGUUUUCCAGGCCAGGCUCCUAGGGGUGCCCAAGGAUCAGGAGGAUAUUGCUAUCAAGAAGGUUCUACAGGACAAGCGAUUCAAGAAUCGUGAACUUCAAAUCAUGAGACUCGUAUCCCACCCCAACGUGGUUGACCUCAAGGCGUUCUUCUAUUCGAAUGGUGACAAGAAAGACGAAGUGUACCUCAACCUUGUUCUGGAAUACGUUCCAGAGACCGUCUACCGCGCCAGUCGCCACUACUCCAAGCUAAAGCAACCCAUGCCAAUGCUCCAAAUCAAGCUGUACAUGUACCAACUCUUGCGAUCCCUCGCUUACAUCCACUCUGUUGGAAUCUGUCACCGUGAUAUCAAACCCCAGAACUUGCUUCUCAACCCUUCCACUGGUGUCUUGAAGCUCUGCGAUUUCGGCUCCGCAAAGAUCCUCGUCGCUGGCGAGCCCAACGUCAGCUAUAUCUGCUCUAGGUACUACCGUGCCCCCGAGCUCAUCUUCGGAGCUACCAACUACACCACCAAUAUCGACAUCUGGUCAACUGGAUGUGUCAUGGCUGAGCUUAUGCUAGGCCAACCGUUGUUCCCGGGAGAGAGCGGUAUAGACCAGUUGGUGGAGAUUAUCAAGGUUCUUGGCACGCCUUCUCGCGAGCAGAUCAAGACGAUGAAUCCCAACUAUAUGGAGCACAAAUUCCCCCAGAUCAAACCCCAUCCGUUCUCAAAAGUUUUCCGACCACGCACUGCCCCAGAAGCGAUUGACCUGGUUUCUAAAUUGCUAGAAUAUACUCCUGGAGCACGACUUAGCGCUGUUGAGGCCAUGGUUCACCCAUUCUUUGAUGAAUUGCGGGCGGAAGGUGCCAAAAUGCCGAAUGGAAAGGAGUUCCCGCGCCUCUUUGACUUUACACGGGAAGAGCUUUCUGUGCGACCGGACCUGAUCCGGAAGUUGGUUCCACCACACGCAGAACCGGAGCUGGCCUCGCGGUCGAUUGCGCUGGACACAUUUGUGCCCAUACCUUUGGAGCAGAUGAAGAUCUCACUGGACUGA